CCCCACCUUCCUCGUUUAGAAAAUACCACCACAGUCUGCAGACCCUCAAACCCUUUCGCUGGUCUUCAUCACAAUCCCAUCCUCUGGAUAAUGCCGGCUUCUUAUCGUUCACAACCUUUGCCUGGAUGACCCCCAUGAUGUGGGCCAUAUUCAGAAACAGGCUGGACUUCUCCUCACUUGGCCUUUCCCCACACGACGUAGCAGACACCAGUGGAGAGAGGUUGCAGAGACUCUGGGAAGAAGAAGUGGAGAAGAAAGGCCUGGAAAAAGCCUCACUGGUCCGUGCGGUCCUCCGCUUUCAGAAAACCAGGCUGAUUCUGUCCGUCUUUAUUGGCAUCCUUGCCAUGUUGGGAGCAUUUUUUGGUCCGGCUGUUCUGGUCUAUGAGAUCUUGAACUACAUUGAUUACCCAGAAGAGUCCACCGUGACCCAUGGUGUUGGUUUGGCCUUUGCUCUGUUCACCUCAGAGUUCUGCAAAGCUUUCUUCAUAUCCUUGCUGUGGGCAAUCAACCUGCGUACGGCAGUCAGGCUGAAAGGCGCCUUCUCCUUGGUGGCCUUUCAGAAAGUCAUCUCUCUGCGGGUGCACAGCGGCAUUUCAGUGGGAGAGAUGAUAAAUGUGUUGACCAACGAUGGUCACAGGUUAUUCGAAGCGGUCUUGUUAGGGAGCUUCACGCUGUCCACGCCCGUCCUCUUCAUAGUGUGUAUUGGAUACGCCUGCUACAUCCUUGGCUACACGGCGCUGACUGGAGUCUGCACCUACCUCAUCUUUGUCCCCGUACAGGUUUUAUUGGCCAAAUUUAUUAACAAAUUCAGAGGGAAAGCCAUGCAGACAACCGACAGCCGCGUCCGCACAAUGAAUGAGAUUCUCAACAGCAUUAAGCUGAUCAAGAUGUACGCCUGGGAGGAAUCCUUUGAGAAGAAGAUUGCAAGCUUAAGAAAAACUGAGAAGAAGCAAAUACAGCUGGUGAGUUACAUCCAGAAUGCAAACACCAGCAUGACCAGCAUUAUCCCCACCAUGGCCACCGUCCUCACCUUCCUGGUGCACACUUUGUUGGGACUGCAGCUCAACACGUCUGAAGCCUUCACUACCAUCGCCAUCUUUAACGCUAUGAGGUUUAGCCUUGCUCUCAUGCCUUUGUGUGUGAAGUCGCUGGCUGAAGCUGCUGUGUCCGUGGCACGAUUAAGGAAAAUAUUGCUGAUCCAGAAUUCGGAGCCCUAUCUGAUGCAAAAGAAAGACAGCAACUCAGCCAUAGUGAUGAUUAAUGCCACACUUUCCUGGACCAAACCAAACAGCUCGUCGGACCAACCAGCCAGCCAGGCCAACAGGGGGAUGGAGCAGAAAACAGAUGAGAUAUCCCAGAAUGGACCAACUGACACUUUACCAACACUGAGAAACAUCUCCUUCACCCUGCCUAAGGGCAACCUGCUUGGCGUCUGUGGGAAUGUGGGGAGUGGAAAGACAUCACUGAUUUCAAGCAUUUUGGAACAGAUGCACCUUCAUCAGGGCUCCAUCACAGCUGAUGGGACGUUUGCUUACGUUUCCCAACAGGCCUGGAUUUUCCACGGAACAGUUCAAGAAAACAUCCUGAUGGGGGAACCUUUCCAUCAGGCCAAAUAUGACAGAGUUGUGGAUGUCUGUUGCCUCAGAGCUGACCUGGAAAUACUCCCAUACGGUGAUCAAACUGAGAUAGGAGAGCGGGGUCUGAAUCUCUCCGGGGGACAGAAGCAGAGGAUCAGCCUGGCCAGAGCUGUCUACUCCAAUAAGGACAUCCUCCUCCUUGACGAUCCGUUAUCUGCUGUCGAUGCUCAUGUGGGGAAACACAUUUUUGAAGAAUGCAUAAAGAAGGAGCUCCAAGGAAAAUCUGUAAUACUUGUUACACACCAGCUCCAGUACCUGGAAUUUUGUGAUGAUAUCCUGGUUUUGGAGGAAGGAGAGAUCCGGGAAGCUGGAAAUCACCGAACACUUAUGAAAGCCAACGGACGCUAUGCUCAGCUCAUCAGCAACUACCAGUUGGAACAGUCCAAAACUCAGACAGAAGAAGAGGACGUGUUGUCUCAAGAUGCCACCCAGCUGAAAGAGGUUGAGCUCAGGGAGUGUGCCGACAGUGGGAUAGUAAACCCCGCAUUUGACAUGACAGAUGAAAUCAAUGAUGAAACUACAGCGGACCAGAAAUCAGUGAAAACAGGCGAUCAGCUGGUCAGUCAGGAGUCCUCCUCAGAGGGUUCUGUCUCUUGGAGAGUCUACCACCAGUACUGCCAGGCAGCUGGAGGUUACAUCAUGACCUUCCUCACCAUCCUGAUCAUCGUCCUCAUGAUCGGAUCCACAGCCUUCAGUAACUGGUGGCUCAGCUUCUGGCUGGGACAGGGCAACGGGUCUAAUACAACUUCAAACCAGGGAGACAUCUCACAAAAUCCACGCCUGCACUUCUACCAGACGAUUUAUGGAGUGAUGGUGAUUGUCAUGGUGGUACUUGCUCUGAUUAAAUGUUUCUUUUACACGCAUGUCACUUUAAGAGCCUCCUGCAAACUCCAUGACACCAUGUUCAAAAAGAUUAUUGGCAGUCCGAUGAGUUUCUUCGACACGACGCCAACCGGUCGUAUUCUCAACCGCUUCGCUAAAGAUCAAGAGGAGUUGGACACUGUGCUUCCUCUCCACAUGGACCCUUUCUUGCAGUUUUGCCUGCUCGUCACAUUUACCAUUAUCGUCAUCGCGUCGGUCUUCCCUGCCAUGCUGGUGGCUGUGAUUGUCAUGGGAGCUUUGUUCACCCUCAUUCUCUUUAUAUUCCAGAGAAGCAUACGGCAGAUGAAGAAGAUGGAGAAUAUCAGUCGCUCUCCAUGCAUCUCUCUCACCACCUCCAUCCUGCAGGGUCUCAGCACCAUCCAUGCCUACAACACAAGAGACAGUCACAUAAAACUGUUCAAGUCCCUGAACGACAUCAACUCCAACCACUAUCUACUGUUUCAUUCUGGGACACGAUGGCUCUCCUUUUGGCUGGACUUCAUGGCUUGUUCCAUGACCUUGUUGGUGGCUCUGUUUGUUAUGCUCACCAGCAAUGAAGUCAUCAGUCCAGCCUUGAAAGGCCUUGCCAUGUCCUACACCAUUCAGUUGAGAGGCAUGCUCCAGUUUGUAGUGAGGCAGUCCACAGAAGUGGAGGCGCGGUUUAAUUCGGUGGAGCGGCUGCUGGAAUACAUUACGGACUGCAAGUCUGAGGCCCCCAGGCGCAUAAAGGAGGCUCAGAUCCCAGAGGACUGGCCCAAGAAUGGAGCCAUCACUUUCCAGGACUAUAAGAUGAGGUACAGAGAGAAUACACCCAUUGUCCUGAAUGGGCUUGAUUUCCUCAUCCAAGCUGGAGAGAAACUUGGCAUUGUGGGAAGAACAGGCUCUGGGAAAUCUUCUUUAGGUGUAGCUCUGUUCAGGAUAGUGGAGCCGGCAGGAGGAACCAUCCUCAUAGAUGGUGUGGACAUUAUGAGCAUCGGCCUGCAGGAUCUGCGCAGCAAAUUGUCCAUCAUUCCCCAGGACCCUGUGUUGUUUAUUGGCACUGUCAGGUACAACCUUGACCCGUUCGACAAUUACACUGAUGAGGAGAUCUGGACAGCGUUGGAGAAGACCUAUAUGAAGGACUGUAUUUCCAGGUUGGAGGGAAAGCUACAGGCCCCAGUGUUGGAAAACGGGGAAAACUUCUCUGUAGGCGAGAGGCAACUGAUAUGUAUGGCCAGAGCUCUUCUCCGUAACUCCAAGAUUAUUCUCCUGGAUGAGGCCACAGCCUCCAUCGAUGCAGAGACAGACACUUUGAUCCAAAGCACUAUCAAGGAGGCCUUCAGUGACUGCACCAUGCUCACAAUUGCACAUCGCAUCAGCACUGUAAUGCACACAGAUCGCAUUCUGGUCAUGGACAAAGGAGAGGCGGUAGAAUUGGAUCCUCCAGAGGUGCUAAAGGAAAGACCAGACUCACUGUUCUCCUCACUCCUCACUGCUGCUAACACUGUAAAUACUUGAACAACUGAAACCGCUGUGUUUAAUCCCAAAACCAAGAUCUUACAAUCAUUGUAAUAUCGAAAUGGUUAUUCACUUUACACAACCAGAUUUUAAAGUCCAACUCAGCUAAAAAUCAAGUUUUAAAUAAUAAUAUUACCAUAAAAUGCUCUUUCUAUUCCUUACAAGUAUAUGUGCAUAACAAGCCAUAAGUGCAAUUCUGCUUCAAACCUGCAAAGUACCCCCUGCACAUGUUCCACAUAUAAAAUUGGGAAAACCGAUCCUGACUACUUGCAGGGUGGGAUUUGCAGCUCAUGUGCUGUGAGAAACCAGUGAAACAAGAAGCUAUGGCUCUUAGCAGCUGCUAGCUUCUUUGAAUACUACAGGAAUGACUCUAAACACACAAACAUGCUAAACUAAAGGAAUACUACUAGACUUGUAACAUAUUUGUUUUUUUAUUUUAUUUUUGUUUCUUUCAACAAUAUUGCAAACAAUUAAACUCAAAAUAGCCAGCAGCCAGAGGCACUUGUAGUUUUGUCCUGUUAGCUGCACCUUGUUCACUACACCUGCCAGUUGCUAACAUCUAUAGGUAGCUGCUAGCAUCUGCAGCUAGGCUAGCUAACAGCAGCUGCUAGCAGUCAAGAAGGAUGGGUCUUGUCAUGGAUGGGAGCAGUUUUUUUAAUGUUAAAAGAAAGUGAUUCAAUAAUCAUUCUGAUACUUCCACUAUUUGAACUUUAUCAUUUUACCUUGCUUACAUGUCUCAAGUGUUGCU